UGCGGUUGGACACGGCCGGACUAGAAGACCAGUAGAACUGGGCCUCAUCGAUGUCUCUAAUUUGUCAUCGAGCCAUGUCGAAUGGAGAAAUAAUCCCUUUACGUGGUCGCUAUUUCUAGCCAACCAUCUAUCUUGGGUGCCUGCUGCCGGGGCGUCCAAGCCCCCGUGGUUAUUUGGCAUUCGUGGCAUUUUUCCAGUUUGGGUGUUGAGGUGUUAUCGCGCCGAGAUAUACCGUGCCACCACUUAGUCCCUAGACAUCGGCUGAGAAUUUUCAGUCCUUGACAUUCAACUGCUUCGUUCCAACAUUAUUCCGUCACCAAACCAGAAUCACUAACAUAAGUCGGCUUAUCAAUAGUGGCGAUAUCUGCUAUGGCUGACACGCCUAAUCGAGGGAUUGUCGUCAUUUCCGGAGGUAGUGCCGCGAAUAACCUCGUCGAUGUUUUUGAUGCCGUGCGAGACAGCAAGGACUGCUUGCUGAGUUACAUCAUCCCAAUUAGUGAUAAUGGUGGCUCCUCGUCGGAGCUGAUCCGAAUCUUUGGGGGCCCUGGAAUCGGCGAUGUUCGAAGUCGUCUCGUGCGGCUAAUUCCAGACUCACCUGCCAAUUCUGAGCGGACCGCGAUCAAGACUCUCUUCAAUCAUCGCUUGCCUGCCCAAGCAGGGGCGGCGGCGCAUGAAUGGCUCACUAUCGUAGAUGGCACGUCCAGCCUAUGGAAGUCCAUCACCCCCGCGAAGAAAGAGUUGAUCCGCUCAUUCUUCAACAUGCUGAAUUUGGAGAUCCUCAAGCGAGCGCGGCCACCGUCUUCCACCUUCGAUUUCACCUCCGCCAGUGUCGGAAAUUUGUUCCUUACGGGUGCGCGACUCUUCAGCGGAAGUUUUGAGAGCGCCAUCUACCUCCUAGGAAGCAUAUGCGGCGUGCAGUCGGACAUAGUGCGUGUCAUCCCGGCAAUCAACUCCAACUUCUCACACCACAUAUCUGCCACGCUCGCCGAUGGAACUGUCAUUGUUGGCCAAAACAGCAUAUCCCACCCGAGCGAGACUACGGCCCUCCAGCGCGACCGUGGCAACCAGCCUAGACGGCCUAGCUUACUCCUUGCCGACGGAGAUGACCUAGAAGAUACUGGCUCGGAUGCCUCCGACGCGGUGUCAUAUGAAGAGGAUCAUCUCCCGGGCUCACUCGCUACCUUGCGGAACAAGAAUAUCUCUUUUAAUAAAGCCGAAAAUGAAGACCUACCCAGCCGGAUCAGCCGGAUUUGGUAUAUCAAUCCAUACGGACAAGAGAUUCGACCACCCGCAAACCCCCGGGUCUUAGAAGCAUUGAGCGAUGCCCAAGCUAUCAUAUAUAGCAUUGGCUCAUUAUUCACCUCUAUCAUACCGGCCAUCAUUCUUCGUGGUGUUGGCAAAAAUAUCAUGACUAGUCCAGCUCGUCACAAGAUCCUCAUUCUGAAUGGUUCUUUGGACCGCGAGACAGGACCUCCAUCUGCACCAUUCCUAGCGUCCGAUUUCGUUGAAGCUAUUGCGCGUGCUUGUGAGGAAAGCCGUGGACGACAUCCACAUGGACCCUCUCACCACCAUGAAGGGUCGCCUUCAUCACCGGAAACUAUCCGGCCACACCCGUCUAUUCCAUACACUGCGUAUGUGACCCAUAUAUUACAUCUGGAUGGGCCCGGCACGCCUCAAGUGGACAGGGAGAGGCUGGCAGAGAUGGGGAUUGAGACCUUGCGCUUAUACGGGCGCAAAGUCACUGUUAUAGAGGGGGACAAGGAGAUUUGUGUGGGAAUGAGAUACGACCCAAAUGCCCUAAUACAAGCACUCGAGGUGGUGUUGGGGAAGAAAGGUGAUGCAAUGGUGCGUGGAGGCCUUGGGAGUGGGUUGGGCAGGAGAAAUACCCUGGACCCCGGCCGGCGCGAUAAAUGAGAGGGGACCAUGAGAUUCCGAAAAUUUAGGGGGGAUUGAUUGUACAUUUAAAUUAUCCAAUAAUCCUAAUGAUAAACAGAAGAAAAUCAUAUAAGGAGUAUAACCGGGUUCAUCGUCGAUUCCAAUAAGGCAUAAAUCAUCAUAUUCGUAAAAUGCUGGCCAGAGUAAAUAAAACACAAAAAUAUUCCAGAACGCCAUGCUAGCCCAUGACCCGCCUUGUGAUGCUCGAAGAAGGAUAUCGGAGAGAUUCAUGCUUUAUUAGGACUGACCAGUCGCCUCUUCUUUGUGGUCACCUUGAGCUUCAAC